UAUAUUAGAAGAUGGAAUCCAAAUAUCAACAAAUUCAUGUAGUUAUGAAUAAUGCAGAGAAGACAUUAGAAAACAAACUUUAUGGGUCUUUGUAUGAGAGUUUAGGAAUAAGAAGAGAUUCUCGUAUGCGAGUGCUAAACUGGGAUAUCUUCGGUUCAUGCCCAUAUUUUUCAAACAGCUUCUACAAGAAAACUAAGCCGAUCAACUUGAAAGGAGUGGUAAACUUAUUUGUUGAUCAAGAAAAAGCAUGAGGUAGAUUAAAAGAUAUACUCUCAACUCCUUUCGUUAUGAACAUUUCUUUGGUAACUUUUGAAUUAGAAAGAAAUUUAAACCAUAAGCAUGGGAAAUGGAUUAGAUCUGCCAUAAACCUUCUCCCAAGAGUGACGAAUAAGCUUCAUUUUAAAGGUUAUUUUCUCAAUAGAAACUGAUUUCGAAAAAUAAUUCAAGUAGGGAGACAUAUUGGGAAUAUUAGGUUUACUGAAUGAGAUAUCAACCUUAGUGGUUUGAAGCUAAGUGAAACUUUACAUUAUUCUAUUGAAAGCAUUUCCAUUUGGUUUAAUGAUAACAACAAGUCUGAAUCGAGUGAAGAAAGAUAUCUAGUCUGUAAAGAUCUCCUUGAGGCUAUGCCUAUGACAGACUUGAUAGCAUCCCUUGAGAUAUUUAAAACAAAUUCAGAACAAAUUAUAGAAGAACUCCAGUAUUUUUCAAAAUACUUACUCUUUCAGAAUUUAUCAAUUUGUGCAAUGUAA